AUGUUCACCCUGCUGGCUUUGAUAGUAGGAUUGUUGGUAUAUCUGUAUGCACCGUAUUGGGGUGUAAGGAAGGUUCCAGGCCCACCAUCUCUGCCUCUUGUAGGACACCUUCCCUUGCUGGCUAAGUAUGGUCCUGAUGUGUUCUCAGUCCUUGCCAAGCAAUAUGGUCCAAUUUACAGAUUCCAUAUGGGAAGACAGCCACUGAUAAUUAUAGCAGAUGCAGAGCUUUGUAAGGAAGCUGGAAUUAAAAAAUUCAAAGAUAUUUCAAACAGAAGUAUUCCUUCUCCAAUUUCUGCUUCUCCUCUUCACCAAAAGGGCCUCUUCUUCAGCAGAGACUCACAAUGGUCUACCAUGAGAAACACUAUAUUGUCAAUGUACCAACCAUCAUAUUUAUCAAGAUUAGUGCCAAUGAUGCAGUCUUUCAUAGAAUCUGCGACCCAAAACCUGGACUCUCAAAAGGAAGACGUUGUUUUUUCCAACUUGUCCUUGAGACUUGCUACUGAUGUGAUUGGACAAGCAGCAUUUGGUGUGAACUUUGGACUUUCCAGACCUCAUUCAGUUUGUGAUUCUAUCAAGAGUGUUAACAGUGACCAUACAAAUGACAAUGAAGUAUCGGAUUUCAUCAACCAACACAUAUAUUCCACUACACAACUUAAGAUGGACUUGUCUGGUUCCUUAUCCAUUAUACUGGGUCUGCUUGUGCCAAUACUUCAAGAACCAUUUAGGCAGAUUCUAAAGAGAAUUCCAGGAACCAUGGACUGGAAGAUUGAGCGUACAAACCAAAAACUAAGUGGACGUCUUGAUGAGAUAGUGGAAAAAAGAAUGAAAGAUAAGAGCCGAAGUUCAAAGGAUUUCUUGUCUCUCAUACUUAAUGCUAGAGAAACAAAAGCAGUUUCAGAGAAUGUAUUCACACCCGAUUACAUCAGUGCUGUUACUUACGAGCAUCUACUUGCAGGUUCAGCAACCACGUCCUUUACCUUGUCUUCUGUUAUCUAUUUGGUUGCUGGACAUCCUCAAGUCGAGAAAAAAUUGCUUCAAGAGAUAGAUGGAUUUGGUCCCGUAGAUCAAAUUCCCACUUCUCAAGAUCUUCAUGACAAGUUUCCUUAUCUUGACCAGGUGAUCAAAGAGGCAAUGAGAUUUUACACUGUAUCUCCAUUAGUUGCAAGAGAAACAUCAAGUGAAGUGGAGAUUGGAGGCUAUCUUCUUCCAAAGGGGACUUGGGUGUGGUUAGCACUUGGAGUUGUAGCAAAAGAUCCCAGAGAUUUUCCAGAACCAGAAAAGUUCAAACCAGAGAGGUUUGACCCCAACUGUGAAGAAAUGAAACGAAGGCAUCCUUAUGCUUUUAUACCAUUUGGAAUUGGUCCUCGGGCUUGCAUUGGUAAACAAUUUUCCCUGCAAGAGAUAAAGCUUUCUCUCAUUCAUUUAUAUCGGAAAUACUUGUUUCGGCAUUCGCCCAAUAUGGAAAACCCACUGGAACUCCAGUACGGGAUAGUCCUUAACUUCAAGCAUGGGGUCAAGCUCAGAGCCAUAAAAAGAACAUACAGUUGCUAA